AUGGUUUCUUUCACGUCAAAAGGAAUACUAUUAUGGUCGGCAUAUUUUUCCAUCGGAUCAUGGUGUUCGCAUAUUUCUUCUCCGGCAGUGAAAAAUGAAAUUUCAGAUCUUUCAAUACCAGACUUGCCCAAAUUAAAGAACAUACAACCAAUUAAAGAUACUUGGGUGGCGAAAGGAUCGGCAAAGUUUUUUGAGGGUCGUGUUAUUCUUACUCCAAAACCCACCAUUAGCUCUAACAUUGAAAGACAAAUUACUGUUGGAUCUUUGUGGUCAAAGUCUUACAAGAAUGCUCCAAGCCUCAGUGAAAUUGAGUUCCAACUGACAUUGAGAUCCUUAGGUAAGGUCGGUGAUACAGGUGCUGGUAUAUCCUUUUUUGUCGUAAAUGAUGAUGAGAAGCAAUCCUCAGCAUACGAUUAUAAUGGUUAUGGGGGCCCAUCAAGAUACACUGGACUCCAGAUAACAUUCGAUACAAAUGACAGGAAACUGGGAUCCGUUAUCAAGGUUUUUAUGAAUGAUGGCACUAAAAAUAUUCAGCUUCAGAACGAUUAUAUUGGUGCUUACAAAUACGAAUACCAGAAUUCGAAUGUCCCAGUUACAGUCAAAGUCGGUUACUUUAAAGAUUGGUUAAAAAUCACUGCUGACAACAAGCUUCUUUUUGAAAGCAAUCAAAUAAAUUUGGACUCUCUUAUUAAAUCACAAGCAUUGCAUAUUGGUGUUACCGCUGCAUCACGGAAGGAUGUGGGAAGUUAUGAGCAAUUUGAGCUUUUGAGACUCAAGGCUUACAACAAAGUCACGGCUGAAUUGAAGGCUGACUGUAGACAAAACUUACUGGCAACACAUAAUGGAAACGUUGUUAAGCUUGAACGUAAAGUGGAAUCCGAAGAAAAACAGGAUGAGAAUGAAAAAAUCUCUGAUUCAGAUAAAUCAGUGUCAGAUCUUUAUUCAAAGCUUUCUGAGAUUCAGAAUUAUUUGGUUGAUAGACAGAUUGUACAAGGUGGCAGUUCUUCUUCAGACAUAUCUGCAUCCGUGCUAUCUGAUGCUCGACAGAUUAAAGCUCUUCUUAAUAAGAUGAUUGACAGUACAAAUAAUGUCUUCCGACAUGUGGAAGAAUCAAAUAAGCGCUUUGAUGAACUUGAAGCCCGUUAUGAUAAAUUACAACAAUUGAUGCAACAACAUUCAAGAAUCCUUGAAAAUGUUGAAAGCAUUUCGAGAAGUCAGGAAAAAAAUAUAAAACGUCACGUCGAGCAAUUCAGUCAAACUAUGGACAACAAGGUUCAGGGUAUGCAGCACGAAUAUCUUAGUCGUGUCUCAAUGCCAAAUCCAGAACUUGAGGCAAAAUUGAACAAAUUGGCGUCAAUUGUGAAAUUUAUUCUUUUGCCAGUUGCAAUACUAUGUUGUAUAAUUCUCCUAUUGGUCAACCGAAUAAGACAUGACAUUAAGCAUGCCAAAGUUUUAUAG